ACGUGAUCGCGUGGUCACGUGACUCCGUUCCGGGUGAGCCGAGGCACAGUGCGGCUCCCGCGGCCUUAGGGAGGGGCCCGUCGUGCCCACACCCAGCCACAACCGACCAUGCUGUCCCGCCUGCUCAAAGAACACCAGGCCAAGCAGAACGAACGCAAGGAGCUGCAGGAGAAGAGGAGGAGAGAAGCUAUCACUGCAGCGACCUGCCUGACUGAAGCGUUGGUGGAUCACCUCAACGUAGGUGUGGCCCAGGCCUACAUGAACCAGAGAAAGCUGGACCAUGAGGUGAAGACCCUACAGGUCCAGGCUGCCCAGUUUGCCAAGCAGACAGGCCAGUGGAUUGGAAUGGUGGAGAACUUCAACCAGGCACUUAAGGAAAUUGGGGAUGUGGAGAACUGGGCUCGGAGCAUCGAGCUGGACAUGCGCACCAUUGCCACUGCGCUGGAAUACGUCUACAAAGGGCAGCUGCAGUCUGCACCAUCCUAGGCUAAAUCCCACCCCUCCUACCUCUCCCUCCUCCCCAGGCAGGAGGGAGCCUGGUGAGCUAUGAAUAAAAACGCUCGCUUCCA